AUGGGAAGGAACGUGGGUUUGAACAUUAUAUGGAUCUGCUCCAUAGUUGCAAUGCUUUCCAUCAUUGAUGUGUCUGAAGCAGCAGAUUACACUGUUGGUGACAGCUUCGGAUGGAACGUACCCACCAACGAGAGCUUCUAUAUAGACUGGGCUAGCAACAAGACAUUCUUCGUCGGUGACAAUCUCUUUUUCAACUGGAAUGGGGAUCAUAUGGUGGGAAUUGAGAGAGAGGCUACGCAUUACGACAACUGCAACACCAGCGCAGUAGGUCUACUAAUUGGAAGCAGUUUCCGAUAUACGAUUCCUGAAACUGGGCCUUACUACUUCCUCUGCACUGUCGGUGAUCACUGUGCAAGAGGCCAGAAGUUCAGUAUCAACGUUCGCUCUCUAAACUCCGAAGCACCUUCUUCUCCUCAACCAGACUCCGCUGCCCCACCAAUCUCGUUCGGAAUCUUAGUCGCAUUCUUCUCCUGCUUCGCUUUGCACAUGCUCACUACCACCUUCAAAGUUUGA